AUGGAAACGAUGUCAAUGAGGUAUUUUAUAUCUCUCAAUCAAUUGGUCAUUUACUUCUUCAAUUUUGCAAAAACCGGUUUCCAUCCUGUAACUCAAGGCACAUCUUCAUGUCUGACGUCACGCCUGACGUCGUCGAUAUCGCUCGUGCUGCCUCAAACUCGACGUCGUUGCUCACGUAUCGAUUGGAAAGAAGUGGAAGCUAUUGCAACUCAAGUGCAGCGAGCAUUGGAUGCGUCCGAAACGACUGAACGUCAUGCGAAAUACGAUACUGUCUUUUCUAUGUGGCAAAUGGAAUUAAGACACGGGUGUGAUAAUCAAUUUGAUGACGAUAAUCGAAAAGAAGAAGAAGAAAUGAUUACGCCAAAAGAGACAGUACAAGAACUAACGUGGUAUACCAGUGCUUCAAUGUAUUGGAACAAUGAGAUAAAUUGUCCUUUGACGGAUAAUGGUGUACUUGGAGGUUUUGGUCAUGUUUCACGUAUUGAUAUUCGUGAAUCAAAACGAUUUCUUCGACAUAUUCAAGAGACAAAAAGACCCAAUUGGACUGGUCAUACUGCAGUAGAUUGUGGUGCUGGUAUUGGCCGAGUAAGUAAACACUUACUUACCUUAAUGUUUCAUCAUGUUGAUCUAGUGGAACAAAGUCCAAGAUUACUUCAAGGUGUAUCACAAUACUUUGGACCUGAAAAGACAUUGUAUGCACGAAUACGACAUUUGUACUGCAUGGGAUUACAGGAUUUUGAACCAACAAAGGCGAGUUAUGAUCUCAUUUGGAUGCAAUGGGUGCUAGUACAUCUCAUGGACUUGGAUCUUGUGCAGUAUCUGAGGCGGUGCAGAAAGGCCCUUACACCAAACGGAUUUAUUGUUAUUAAGGAGAACAUCUUCCAGACAACUGAACCCUACGACAUUGAUCGACACGAUAGCAGCAUCACCCGCUCGACUGUUUACUAUAAGAGCUUAUUCCAGCAAGCCGGGCUCACGCUACUUGCUGAGCGUGUCCAACGUCAUUUUCCCGAAGAACUCUACCCAGUCAAAAUGUUUGCACUCGCUUAG